UAUUCAUUUCUAGUUCCUGCUUUCCAAGAUGGCAUCUGCUGAUCCGGAGGAAAAGCUGAGCUGCUCCAACUGCCAAAACACAGAUCCUGGAUCACUAAAAUGUGAACAUAACUUCUGCUGGGUCUGUAUUGAUUGUGUGCUGGAUACACAAAAGGGGACUGGAGCCAAUAACCGUCAUGAAUGCAGAGCAGAGUUUCAGGAGCAUUCUGUAUUGGAGAAGAAAAUAAGUGUACAGAACAGAGCAGUGUGUUUCCAUUCUUAUUCAUCAGGGAAAAAUGACACUGGGAUCGUCUGCACUUACUGUGUCGACUCCCCUGUUCCUGCUGUUAAAUCCUGUGUGAUGUGUGAGGCUUCUCUGUGUGACACCCAUGUGAGAGUGCACAGCAAGGCAGCAGAACAUGUCCUAAUCGAACCCACCACUUCCCUGCAGAACAGAAAAUGCUCAGUCCAUAAGAAGAUCCUGGAGUAUUAUUGUACUAAGGAUAAUACUUGUAUCUGUGUGUCCUGCCUUUUGUUUGGAGAUCACAGAGGACAUCAGGUGGAGAUGUUUGAUACAGUUUCUGAGCGGAAAAGGGAGAAACUGAAAAACGUUCUGAGAAAGAUUACCUUAAAGACGGACGAGGCUGAGAAUAGAGUUAAGAGUAUGCAGGAGCGCAGUAGAGAAGUAGGAGAAAAAACAGCUGGUGUAACAGAAAGAGUGACUGCCCUGUUUAGAGACAUCAGGAGACAGCUGGAUGACCUAGAGAAGAAAGUCCAUAGUGAGAUCUCCAGGCAAGAAGAGCAGGUUUCACUGUCAAUCUCUAAACUGAUCCAGCAGCUGGAAAUGAGGAAGGAUGAGCUGUCCAGGAAGAUGAACUACAUAGAGGAUUUGUGUAACUUGACUGAUCCAUUAACUAUCAUACAGGAGUCAGGCAAGCAUGCAUAUUUUCAUACUGAGGAAAGGGAAAAUGAGGAUAUAGAGAAAGAAGAUAAACAGGUCUAUUCAGUAGAUUGUCUGGAUGAGGGUCUUAUCUCAGUAACAUUACACACAGGAUUGUCUGAUAUAGCAACCAGCAUAAAGAGGUGGAUCAAUGUCAAGGGAGCUACGGAUAUGUUAUUGGACAUUAAAACGGCUGGCAAUGAUGUACAUAUAUCAGGUGACUUAAAAAGUGCAUGCUGGUCACAAAUGGAUCAGAAUCACCCAGAAACACCAGGGAGGUUUCAGUAUGAUCAGGUUCUAAGCACCAGGAGUUUUUCCUCUGGGCGGCAUUAUUGGGAAGUGGAGACCAGUGAGUCAGGAGUCUGGUUUGUGGGGAUGUGCUAUCCCAGUAUAAACAGAAAAGGGCGUCAGUCUUGGAUUGGAGACAAUAAUAGUUCCUGGUGUUUGCGAAGAUAUGAUAAUAUUCAGUAUUCAGUGAUACAUGACAGUAAAUGGUUCCAGUUACCGCACAAAGUUUCAUGUCAGGUACUAGGAGUAUAUCUGGAUUAUGAGGCAGGCCAGUUGUCCUUUUAUGAGCUAUGUGACCCAAUUAAACACUUACACACCUUCACUACCACCUUCACCGAGCCCCUUUAUGCUGCAUUCAGUGUAUAUAAAGCCUGGGUGCGAAUCAAAAGCUAGGGUUACUUAUCUCUAUAUAUAAAUUAAUCUACCUAGAUACUAGUGAUGCCACAGACAUUUGAUGAUUGUAUAAACAGCCAAUGGAAACUUUUUAUUACAAAUACUGCAGCAAUAACAACAACUAUCUUCAAUAUAACAUGUAAAAUAGUAUAACAAUAUAUACUAGAAAUGAGAAGUAAUCAGGGAUAGAAACACUUGAAAAAUCUAUAUAUUAAUAGCAGAAGGACAACUUUUAUGAGUGACAUUUAUAUGAUGACGUUAUCUGAGCAUGGCACAUAAUAUAACAAAUUAAAAGUCUUAGUCCGUAGAUUUGCAGAAAAAUAUUGGGGUUGUAAUUGGUUGCUUUGUUUCGGAGCUAUGGGGCAAAAUGUCUGCCUGCCAUUUACAAUGCAUCACCAUUGUUCUCUGUAAAAUGUGACAGUUGGUGAACUCUCCCUGUGCACCUGCUGGUUGACCUGGAACACGUGACCUGCUGGGUGGUCUGGAAACUGUGACAGUUAUUUGCAGCCACCCACUAAGCAGGUAUUUUUAAAAAAUCGACUCGUAAGGGGACAAAAAGAGGUAGAAUGUUUUGCUCAGCAAUCAUUUGCCCAGGUGAACCUGCUAGUUCUUUACUGAUUGCUUUAUAAGAAAUAUUUUUUACUCCCAAUAAUUUAUGUAAUUCUAAAAUAUAUAAAAAAUGUAAACAUUUGGCAA